AUGCAAGUACCACUAUUUCGAUUACAAUGUGGGUGCAACAGCUAUGAAUGGGGCAAGAAAGGCAAUACGUCCGCUGCCGCCAAAUAUGCUGCUGCAACUCCUCGAGAUGACUUCUCGAUUCAAGACGACAAGCCAUAUGCUGAGCUCUGGAUGGGCACUCACCCAUCACUACCAUCCAAGGACUUGGAGACUGGCAGAUCUUUGCUCGACAUGGUCUCUGACAACCAGGCGCUGAUGGGUAGUGAUGUCAACAAGAAGUAUCAGGACAAGCUACCAUUCUUGUUCAAGGUCCUCUCGAUCGCCAAGGCCCUCUCAAUCCAAGCACAUCCCAACAAGAAGCUCGCUGAGAAGCUGCACGCCAAAGACUCAAAGAAUUACCCAGACGACAACCACAAACCAGAAAUGACAAUCGCUAUCACUCCAUUCGAGGGUCUUUGUGGUUUCCGACCACUUCGAGAAAUCGCUCAUUUCCUGGAUACUAUUCCACCUCUACGAGCCCUGGUUGGGAAGGAGAAUGCCGAAGACUUGAAGAAAGUCGCCAAUGACUCCCACAUCGAGAGCUCAAAGGCGAAAGCCGCCCUGCGAAAAUCCUUCACUGCUCUCAUGAAGCAGCCAAAAGACACAGUCGCCAAUAUGUCCAAGGAACUGGUCACGAUGGCCGAAAAAGGUCAGAUCCAACCUGGACCAUCAGUAAACACUCUUGAAGAACUCAAUGAACUAGUUCAAAGAUGCAACGGCCAGUUCCCAGCGGACAUUGGGCUCUUCGUCCUCUUUUUUCUCAACUUCGUCAAGCUGGAACCCGGCCAGGCCAUGUACCUCAAGGCUGAUGAUAUCCACGCCUACAUUUCUGGAGAUAUCAUCGAGUGUAUGGCAAGUAGUGACAACGUCAUUCGAGCUGGAUUCACACCGAAGUUUCAAGACGUCGAUACACUUACCGAUAUCUUGACCUAUGACCACGAUCCUCCUGAGCAACAACUUUUGAAGCCUGUCGACUACCCGUACGUCACUCUCAACAGCACCGCCUACAGCAGUGACAGCUCAAGUCUACUAUAUGAUCCACCUAUUGAAGAGUUCAGUGUUGUCCGUACUGCACUGAAGAAGUCUGGGGCAAAGGCCACCUUCGAAGGUCUAGCAGGUCCGAGCAUUGUCAUUGCUACAAGUGGCAGUGGCAAGAUUUCUGUCGGACCGAAAGUCGAGGAUCUGAAGGAAGGCUAUGUAUAUUUUGUUGGUGCCACUGCCGAAUUAGUCAUUGAGAGUGAUGGUGACGAGCUGGUCACUUUCCGUGCUUUCUGUGAGAUUGACGAGAAGGCGCAUCAAGCAAAUGGUAAGCAUUGA